CUGGUCAUUUCUUUUUUUUGUGGAACGACGGAAAAAAGCAAACAUUUAUUGACUGCCGAAACAAUUGAAUUUUUUGCCCUUUGACCAACUAUGGAUAUAUUUAAAGGACCUCCUACGGUUCUCCUUUACACAUUGAUCGUUAUUUAGAGUUCUGGAGUCGGCUAUGGCGAUCUGGGUAUCGUCAAUGAGAUAGCGGAUCUGACCAUAGCUUGUCAUCAACUGAAGUGUUUUCCUUGUUGUCGAAUCGGAUUGAGUUGAGUUCGCUUGAGCGGGAAGCGCCUUGACAGAUGGGGUGUUACAUCAAAAGACAGAGAAACAUCCAUUCUCUAGAUUUGGCAGUGUAUUGGGGUGAUUGCCGGUGGCGUAGACCUGGAUUACGCAUACUUGAUUCCAGGAGAACAUGCGAAUUGUGCCUUUCAUCCGCCGAUCUUUCGCCGCGGCAGUCACUAUGAUUCUGACAUUGUCAGUGUACUGGAGCUACAAGUCCACCACGAUAAGACAUAAAAGGCCGGUUGCAAUAGAGCAUAAGUCCUCUUUAAAUAACUUGGAAGGUGGAAGCUAUGCACAUAGACACUUUGGCUUGGAAAACAUUAGGAAAAAUCAACUUCCGACUCCAGAGUUCAAGAAAGACAAUAAACUAUUUAAAACAUCAACAGAGAUGAGUUACACUACGCCUUCAACUAAAAAUCUUUCAUCAACUGCAUCCAAAAAGAUCAAAAUAGAAUCCAACCCAAAGGAUGCACAAGACUUUGGUAAUGUUUUGCUAAAGCCUGAAGAGUUCUGCUUUAUGAUGCUGGCAGCAAGGCAUAUUAAGGUUCUCAAACAUAACACCAAAACAGUGCCAUGUUUUGUACUGCCGUCACAGCAUGAUAAGCUCCUUCAGCAGAUGCAAGCGGGCAAUAACACAACCUUCUUGGUCAUCAGCACCAAUCCCAAAUCAACCAACUCAGAAUCACUCUUUGUAGACUACAAACAUAUCAAUAGGUACAUUUCCCAAAGCGUCGUUGUAAAAAGCAUUCCACUAGAUGCUCUAACAAAAUCUGAUCUUCCUCUGGUAAUCAAGCUUCAUGUUCUUGUGGCAUCAGUAUCACCAUUGCGAGUGUACCGACACAGACAAGGUCAAGCUAUUAUUUCACUGAAGGAAAAGUGCUCUUUGGCCCAGAUGGAGGAACACCUUGAAAGAUGGCAUUAUAAGGAUGAGCAAAUUGCUUCCAUGUGGGAAAGGAUUGACUGGCUUAUUGUUACCACACUUAUGCUGACAGAGGCCUCCAUGCUCACCUCAUCUAGUGACAAGAUCAUUGAACCCAACAUCUAUCUGCCCCUUGAUUUCCAUUUCAUUUUGAAUGGAACACUUGAUCCUGCUGUAUUAGAGGUAAAAUCAUCAUCAAACAUCAGCCAGAUAGUCAGGCGAGAUACUUCUAGCAUCAUGUCAGCCAUAUCAACACUACUCCCUUCCAACAAUCACAAAAACGAGGGAAUCCCCUGCAUCAAACCAAAGCUUUGUCUCACCAAGCAGCAACAGCUCUUUUCAGAGGUCUCUGAUCAAGAAGAAUCUCGCUCAGGGGGCUUCAUUAAGCUUUACCCUACCCCAGACGGUCAUUUGUAUGAUCCCCUGAUUUCUGCGCUUCAGUCAUCAGUUUAUGGUAACAGUGAACAGGGUCACCAUGGUGCUCCUUCACGUGGGACCUUCCAGGUGCACCACCUCCUCACAGCACUGGAGCAUUACAAACAUAACGACACAGAGGCCUUAAACACAGCAACACACUUGGAUGGUACAACUGGAGAUGCAAGGAAAAGUUACUUGGAAGGGGAUGGAGAGGAAUAUGAGCCAGCACACACUGCAGAUUUGCAGGAAAUAGCUACUAAAGACCCAGAGUGUGAUGAUGACCCAGGAGCUAUCCCCGUACUGACAAACAUUCACACGCACCCACAUAUGGAACUCCAGCCAGCUUUUCGUCAUGACACCGAGGCGUACCAAGCCAGAGUGCCUUUUCAUGUGUUAAAUGUGCGCUUGUGGGGCAAGACGUCUACAUGCUUGUCUGAGGCGAGAAUCAACAGCUACAGAGGAACAGCUCAACCAGCCAACUAUUCCCUUGGUGUCGGUUGGAACGCAUUCGCACUGCAUUUGAUGGAUACGUCCCAUGCCAAAGCGUGGAAUCUGAUGUCAUACAAACUUCACAUCUAUCGAGAGAAGCGUGACGAGCAUGCGCCAACAUUCAGCGGUAGUUUACCCCACGUGACUUGUACUCUAACCCAGGACUGUGAUCUAAGAGUGUUCCCUGAUCAACCUUGUGGAUUGGAGGAUGCCAAGAUGAAAUGGCGGGAGUUCACGAAGCAGCGUGCUGAGUUGGCCGCUUGCACAAGCGGUCAUACCCCAGGAAGAUGGACGUUGCCUUGUGGCCGGUGCAGCGUCCCAGAGUCAUGUCACUGGCAGAAGGCCGUGUGGACACCUCACACUUGUCAACAUAUUACUCUGUCAAAACAGCAAGUCAAGUCAUGUCUGUCGAACAGAAAGGUUUUAUUUGUCGGAGACUCGACAAAUCGUGGCAUAAUGUACUAUUUGAUGGAAAAGAUGAACGGUACGCUGCGACAUUGGGAGAAAACCCACUCGAUGCGAAUCUACAGCGGUGCUUUGAAUGAUGACCGCACGUCUGUCAGUUUCGCUUACUACCCCCAGUUCUGGCUCUCGUCCAACAAGAAUGCGGUGUUUGUCAAGGCGCUGUACCAUCUCAUUGCCAGGUUUAUGCCACUAGAAAACAACACCAAUACUAUCUUGGUUGUGGGGGGCGUUCAUUGGAUGUUGCCAAGUCACGUGACUGCCGUGGAGCACGCGCUUGCGCGACUCGGUUUGAGUGGAAUCAAAGUUGUCAUUAAAGGAUUAGGAUCAGGCUUCCAUCUCCCAGUGCCUGGAUUCGUCACGCUUGACCUGGCUGGUCAGCGGCGCAUUGCACAGCGUAACGUCAUGGUAUCCAGGGCCGCGAGAUCGGCCGGCUUUGAGUUCAUUGAUACGUACAAUAUGACAAUUGCAAGAUACAAAGAAUUUCUUUACGGAAACUGCGGCUGCCACUUUCACAAGGUGGUGAAGAUGGCCGCCGAUGGCGAAGUUCAGGAGGGAUCGCCGCAAUCAUCUGACCACGAAGUUCCGCCCCGAUAUCACGUGAUCGGUCCUAUUAACGCUAUGUACUCCGAGAUGGUCAUCAGUAGAAUGUGUAGCUGACAGGAAGGUCAUCACCAUCAUCAUCACCCGUCGCCAUCAAUUCUUGUUACCAUCAUCUUUUUAACCAUCAUCAUAAUAAUAUUAAUAUCACCGUCACCGGCAUCGUCAUCAUUCUAAUUAACAAGCAUUUUUUAUUCUAUUUUAUUCCAUAUUCGCAUUUUUAUUCUAUAUUAUCUAUAUUAAAAAGGCAGCGUCAUGAUACUGCGCAUGUCUUCAGUCAGUGUUUAUUGUACAAACAGUUAAACUUGUCAUAAUGCCUUGUUAAAAUAUUUUGCAAUAUUUUAUUGAAAACCAUGUUUUUUGACAGUUUGUGGUCAUUUACCUUUGAAUUUAAGUCUCACACAUAUAACAAAAGCUCAUAAGUCAAUAUUAAAAUCAUUGUGUCCGGGCCGGAAAGCUAUUGCAAAGCUCUUACCAUGACACUGCCCCUUUAACCAAGUAUUACUACUGAGCAGACUAUGUUUAGUCAUUGUAAUCCAUUAGCCCAUUCUUUGUUUGUACAUUUUUAAUUCGGAGCCGCACAAUUUUAUUUGCGGACACUUGAGGUGCUAGAAUGGAUUUUCUGUAGUCUUUUAUUCAAUUUUGGGAAGAAAAAGAUACGACAAACAUAGAAAAUUAUUUAUUAAUAACAAAUGCUAAAUAAAAAGAAUUUCGAUUGAAA